GAGGUAGAUAAGUUCAAGUUCCUACCUCGAUAUAUCUAGUGGGAAAUCCGGUGUGAGAUAAUGAAAGUAGCUGCUGAAGCAGGGGGAAACUGGGCAAAGUUCAAGGCUGAGAUGCAAAGGCUAUUCAAGUUAGGGGAUGGCUUGCUGACUAAGAUAGAUUUGAAGAUACUACAGCAGGACGAAUUCUCCACAGUAGGGGUCUUCGCCAUUGCAUUCGAGAAGAUGGCAAAGAAAGUCCCAGGGUUAGCGGAAGAGGAACAGUGUGCCACUUUCCUAGGGCACUUUAAGAAUUGGGAGGCCUCGUCGUUAACCAUGAAGGCUGCGCCAGGAAAGAAACUGACUUGGGCCGCCAUAAAGGAAGGCGUGAUAGAAGGAGAACUGGACCAAGUAGACAUUUUUCAGAUGAGACAAGCCAGGAAGAAGAGGAAGGCUUUGGAUGCCACCACGAGUGAUGGACGUGAUUUUAAGAAAAUGAUAGAGGACGCGAUGGCCCAGCUUGACGCAGAGAAGGAGGCGAAAAAAAAAACUAUGGCGGCACCACUGGCCCAAGGGAAAGCCAAGAAGGCAGUGGUGCAGGAGGAAGAAGAAGAGGAAGAGGAAGAGGAGCCUGAGCCACAUAAGUUGACAAAGGCUCAGAGGAAGGCAAGGAACCUGGCUCAGGGGGGGCAAAGCUCAGGAAGGGGUCAGAAAGGCCACACUAUCAAGUCAUGCCACGUCAGGAGGAAUGAUGAGGACAAAGGAUUAAUCAGCACCAACUAUGACGGGGAUAUUUACGACAAAUGGGGGUAUUACCUUGACCCGAGAACCCCAGGCGGGACAAGGAAGGAAGCCCUGCGAAGAGCUGAGGAAGGCGCACCACCCGCUCCUCCGGCCAUGUUUCGGAUAUGGCAGGAGAAAGAGGUCCAUAGUGACAUCAGGGUGGAAGAGGUAGGAGAGAACGAAGAAGUAGAACAGGAAUGGAGAGCUGACACUAUCAAGGAAGAACCAAUCAUAGUAGAAUCCGACGAUGAAAUAGAAGAAAACUGCUGGAACAGGCCGCGACACGUUGAGACAAGGGAGGAUUAUUGGAGAACGGCGCAACAGACAAUGGAAAGAAUGGAGGACUUGAUAGACAAAGUCGGGCGGUACCAACCGAAGCUGACUGAUAUGUGUGAAAAAGUCAAGGAGUGGAAAGGCAAGGAACCACUAGUAUACCUCUAUGAUCUAGGUCCAGGGUCGGAAGGAGGAUCUGGUAACUUGCCAAACGUCACGACUUCGGGGCCGGCGCCUAGAUCCGGAAUGACUUACAGACCACCCUCCAGGACGGGGAAGGUGCCACAUGUUGUCUGGACAAGGGCUAAAGAGCCGGUGAGCCAGGAAGAACCGGCGAAGGAUGUUCCUGAGCCGAGUGGAGAAAAUGAGGUAGUGGACGUUCCAGAAGAGCAGGAUGAUGAAGAUGAUAGAUUGAGAAAAAAAGAGGAUGAGAAGGCCAAGCAGAGGGCCAAGAAGAGAGGUGCCAAGCCUGAUACAGACAAGGCACAUAAAGUAAAGAAGAAGAAGUACGUCGUUCGAGUAGAAGAGAGGUACAAUGUAGAGGAAAUAAUGGACAGAAUCCUUAAGGAUCAUAAUCACCUUAUAAACCUGAAGGACGUACUAGCCUCAUCGCCAAGGCUCAGGGACGAGCUGAGAGCACGACUAUCCAAAAAGAUGGCGGUGGGCAAGCAGGAGAAGACGAUAGUUGGGGUGUAUCUGCUGGCGAAUGCACUGCUUCAAGAAGAGGCAGUCAAAAAUACGCUGCUAGAUGAGGAAGAGGUGGUGGAGCCGGAAGAAGGCGACCAUGUGAUCCACGAAAGAGAAGAUUAUGAUUUUGAGGAACGGGAGAUUAAGGAAGCGUUUCGAGUAGAGGAGUGCGAGGGAGUAUACCUUAAACUCGGAAUGUUGUUGUCAUGUGAAAUGAGGGAAAGAGACGCUUGCGCAAGAGUUCUGAAGAUGAGGCCGAGUUUCCUGGACCUCGAGACUGAUCUGACCUUUGAGGAACUGGUGGAUUUGAGAGCCCGCCAGAUCGACACUAUUGAGGACAGGAUUGAGGAAGCAGCAAGUAGGACAACCGAUAGUCGUACCAAGGACAAGUUCCAAUGGGAUAAGAUGGCGAUGGUAAGAAAGGAGCCUCUCAAGGUGGGAGAAGUUGUGCUGUUGUAUGACUCGUCCCUUGAGAAGCAAUGGUCUCGGAAGUUGGAUAAGAGGUGGUUGGGACCUUACAGGGUCACCAGAUGUGGUGAACAUGGUGCCUACCAAAUUGAGGAGCUAAAUGGGACGACAUGGAAGGAUUGGGUGUCAGGCUCGAGGCUGAAGAAGUUUGUUGCUCGAGACGAGGCGAAAAAGUCGGAGUGGGAGAAGAGAAUUCAAGACCUCGAGGCCAAGUAUGCACAACAAGCUCCCACAAGAGUGGUGGAUUGGACGGAGGUCCAGAAGUUUGAAAUCAAGGAACAACCCGCAGAGGAAGUCUUCAAGAGGGGGAAGGAAGUAGAGAAGGCGGACCAGCAGGAGGGUGAGGAGAUCCCGCUGAUCGACAAAGAGAUGUUGGAGCAGCCAGGAGCACUAGCGGAGAAGGGCGCAGAGGUCGAAGAGUUUGAGUGGCGAUUGCCAGCGGGCCUGACACUUGGACAUGAGCCAACACUAGAAGGGGAGGAACAACCUGUUGAGGCAAUGAGAGUUGAGGAAGGUCCACCUACAACUCAGGGAGAGACGUUGGGACAGCAGGGGGGUCAGGAGAGCGUGGGCCAGACCAUGGCUGAGACUGAGCAGAGAGCGGACCUGAAGGAUUGUCAGGAGUCAACUAUGCCUCAGGAGGUGCCGGUUACUGCAAAUUUGCGGGACGCAUUGGGAUCUUGGGCCACUGAGACAGAGCCAGAGGGGCAUGUGGGUACUAGGUUAACCACGCAUCGUAGACGGCAGGAGCCUCCGCUAGGAACGAUGCAGGCUCGAGAGAAGGCCGGGGGUUGACGGCAAGCGACGAUAAAAGGGCCGGUUACGA